AGAGUAAAAGCCUAUGAACGAGGAAAUGACCCAUCCCUCUCAGAGUGAGCUUCUAGGCAUGCUCAGAAGAGGUGGAGCCCAUCCAUAGUGGGAGGGCUGUGAGAAGCGAGGUUAUAAAUAAACGUCACAAAGCCACAGAGGAGUGCAGCUCUUCCUGCACAGCUGGGCUUCGCUGGCACACCACAGAGGGCACCUCUGCACAUUUCUCCAAAUAACUAAAGAACAUUUGCCUCGCUUAACGGAAAAAGACCUCUUUCCCGACAUCCAAUAUGACUGGUGUGGCAGAAUGGAUUUUGGAAAAUAAGGACAAGAUUGAAAAGGGAGUGGAGAUCCUAGGUAAAGGCUGUGAGAUCCUGGCAGUCACUGUAGGCCAGUUCAAUCCCAUCCUGGAGGCAGUUUUUAUGGUCUCGGCUGAGCUCCUUGGCAACCCAGAGGGCAAUGAGGCGAAGUAUCUUGCUGAUCAGUUUGAAAGUGUCAACCAGAAGUUAGAAAAGGUCCAGGGUGAGAUUGAAAAAACACAGCUGGUGCUGCAGCGAUCAUCGUUGAACAUGGAGAACUUUACGUUCUACGCACAGAUAAUCAACCAGUAUGAAAUGUUUAAAUAUAUAUUCACAGCCAAACCCAAGUUUAAGAAGCUGAAGAUAAAUGAGUUCCUUGAAUUCUUUGAGGAAUAUGAGGGAGAAAAGAACCUUGAUUGCUUGUACGAUGCCUUCACUGGAAAGAAUUCUUCUGGAGAUGCAAUGCUGGACACGAUACUGGCCACCGAGCAGCGGAGCAGGAGGGCAGUGGAGGAAUUCUGUGCUUCGAUGAAGAAGGUGUUUGUGGUUGGGAUUGUGGCAUUGAUGGGCUACGCUGCGCUAAAGGAAGGCACUGUUGAAGAGGAUAUGGUGAAGAAAUGGCAAGACCGCAUGGAGGAGGUGGAGAAGCGCAUGAAGGCAGCAGUAGAUGAAUGUGUGGACAACUUUCCUGCACAAGCCAAGACUGAUAUAAAUCAGAAGCUUACAGAGAGGCAGAGCAGUGUCGACCCUGAGUUUACUAAAUUCAUACUGGAUGCCCUUGUCAAGAAGUAUGACUGGGUGUCCUGGUCAGUUAGGGUGUUUAAAGAUGAUGACAGCAAACUUGGGAAGUUUCUGUUUGGCAAGCGGCGCCAUGUAAAUGGAGGUGACAAUUAUCUUGAUUUUUUGUGCAAUAAUAAAAUAAGGAUUGUGGUGUCUUUCAGUGCGGACCCUAAACCGCUCAACAAGAGUCAAAUAAAGGAUCAAAUAGAGGAAGAGAAAGGUGAUAUGAAAUCUAUGGCUGAGUCUCUAUGUAGGAGUUUUCCUAACUGCCAUGUGCAUGCUGUCAGUCGCGCUAACAGAGUGGAGGAAGCCAAUAAUUUCAACCCGGAGCACUUUUAUUAUAUACAUCACAAAAAAGCUUACAUUUGUAUCCACUCAGAAUAAUGGAAUUUAGAUCAAAUUAAAUAUAUUAAUGCCAAUCAGAGUCUACACUAUCUGCUCUAUUUGGAUUCUCCAGGCUCCUGUUAAUUAAUGGAUUCUACAUUUAGACAAAAAUUUAUGCUUGUUGUUGUUGUUGUAGCACUUAAUCAUGGAAACAAGACAGAUUUAGACUGAGGGUCAAAGCACUAAGGCUUGACAGGAACACAUUAGGCUCUAAAGAAGGAAAUAUGAACAGAAAAGAAGUUUGAUAUUGUUUUAAUGUCCAUACCUUAUAUAAACCCUUACAUAUGUAAAUAAACCCAAAGUUUAGUAAACCUAUUCCCAGCCUAUGACCUAUUUUUUUUCUGAUACACCUAAUGUAAACACUGGUUACAUUCCCAGCAUUUUUAUUUUAUAUUGUUAUAUCUUUUUGCAUUACCCGUUACUAUUGUCCUGUUUCAGUAAUCAUCGUACUACCUUGUGCUGUUUGCACAUGCACUUUAUACAGUCCUGUAUAGGUCUUAUUUAGUUCUGUGUAAUCUCAUGUAUUUUGGUGUUGUGUUAUGUAGCAUCAUGACCCUGAAGGAAUGUUGUUUCAUUUCACUGUGUACUCUACCAUCUGUUUAUGGUUCAAAUGACAAUAAAGCCAGAAUACAGACUUUCCCUUCUAAA